AUGGUGCAGUCAAGAUCAAUAACUCCAAAAGUUAAAGAAACAAUACCAUUAGAAAGUUUAAGAUCUACAUUAUUAUUAGCAAGAAAUCCAAUUGUUACACCAGAUUUAACACCUUUUGAAAAAGUUUAUUAUAAUUAUCAAGAAGAAUUAGAACGUCGUUUAAUGUGGACUUUCCCUCAAUAUUAUUAUUUUAGAAAAGGUACACUUUCAGAACGUCGUUUUGUUGCAGCACAAAAAGGUCCAGUUACUAAACAACCAGGUGUUUUCUAUGAAAAGGGUAAACCAGAUGUUGUUCAUAACAGAGAAAGAAGAUUGAAACAAGAAAUUGUUAUUCCAAGACAAGAAACUGAAGAAGGUAGUUCGUUAGAUGAAAUUAAUAGACCAGUUAUUCCAAAUUCAAGAAUCACUAAAGCGGAUGAAAUUAAUGAUAUAACAAGUCUUGAACGUAAAUUACCAAGAACAUUAUAUUUAUUAAUUAAAGAUUCAAAAUUAGGUUGGAGAUUACCAUCAUUCUCAAUAGAGAAUACAUCAAAAGGAUUAAAUGAAGUAGCAGAAGAAGGAUUAAGAAAAUUAGGAGGUGAAGCUAUAAAUACAUGGAAUGUUUCAAAUACAGUAACUGCAGUUUUAAAAUUCCAAAAUGAUAAACUUGUGAAAUCAGAUGAUUCCAGCAGUGAUUUAACAAGAGAAUAUAUUAUUAAAUCUCAUAUUUUAUCUGGUUCUUUCAAACCAGAAGAUUCAAAUUUAGAAUUUGCUUGGUUAUCAAAAGAAGAAUUGAAAGAUUAUGUUUCAGAAGAUUAUUUCAAUGCUACUGAAUUUUUAUUAUCUGAUAUCUAA